AUGGAUAGGUACCAGAAGGUGGAGAAGCCUAAGCCCGAGUCUCCAAUCAACGAGAAUGAGAUCCGAAUCACAACCCAGGGCGCUAUUCGCACCUACAUCACCUCAGCUCCUUUAAUGUUCGAUUACCUUUCUGUGUGGGGGUUGGAUUGGCAAGAAAAUGUUUUAUGUGGGUUGAGUAUUGAGAUUGUCUCCUUAGUUUCUGGAUUCAAAGCUAAAGCACCAGUAACAUGUGGAGUUCAAAGCAAUGAGAAUAGACUUUUCUGA